AUGCCUGUUAACGCUAGCCCCGGACGAGAGGGGCGACUACGGUGCGCUAGUGGAGGCAUUGGGGGUCGUUUCGGCAGCGACGCGCAGCCCAACAUGCUGCGGAUUGAACUGAGUAACAAAAAGAGACUUCAGGGGGAAUCAUUAAAGGCGUUGGCAAGUGGUAUUCUGAGCCUGACCAGGCGGGCUUAUGCAACUAUGCCGAUUGGGGUGCAAGACGAGCUGGCACGGGACAGUUUUAUUAGAGCGCUCUCUUCAAACGAACUGGGUAAGCAUGUUCAGAUGGCGGACCCACCAUCUCUGCGGGCUGCAGUGGAGAUAGCUAGGAAGAGGGAGCUGAUCUGGGGUGAGGGAGUGGGAGUGGAAGUCGCCAGUCAACCAGAGGUGAGAGCAGUGGUGGCUAUGGUGCCAGGGGUCACGAAACCAGAGUGGGUCGACGAGUUGGGCGGGCUAGUCAAGACUGCUUCGCUUGUCAUGGAGAGGGGCUCCAGGCAGCGUCGCAGUGUCAGCUCAACUCCUAUUGUCUGCUGGGGUUGUGGCCAGGCUCAGCGGGAGUGUGGCAGAUUCCUCCGUCACCAGGGAAACGACGGCGGGUUCUCGCGCAGGGGGCAGCGCGGACCCACCCCCCCCGGCCCCAAACCCACUGUAAGCAAAAGAGGUACCCAGCAGCGCAGACAAGAGGGUGGGGACCUGCUCCCCCAGGGUGUAGCUGCCGCCGUGUUUCCUAGUCCGGUAGUUGUGGUGGGACGUACCACCGUUGGGGACUUCUGCAAUGUCAUCGUCAAGGUAGAGGGGGUGGAAUGUUUGGCCCUGGUCGACACGGGCUCUACAGUAACCCUGGUGAGACCAGACAUACUACCUGUUGGGGUGCGGGUGGAGCCGACCCUUGUCCAGCUACGGACUGUCACGGGGGAGCUAGCCCCCAUGUUAGGGAAGUGUCAGCUAUCUGUGACUGUGGGGGGGAGAACUGUGGGGUGUCUGGCGUGGGUAGCAGCGGUGCAGGACCCCUGUAUACUGGGAAUGGACUUUUUGAAAAACUGUGGGGCUCUGUUGGACUUAGCGUCGGGCACUUUGAGGCUGUCGGGGGGGCCCACAGUGGGAAUGUCGCCUUCGGGAGAGCCAGCUGGGGGCAGGGCUGUCCCUCCGUCUUCCUCCAAGCUUGCAGAAACUCCACCGGUCAUCCCGGCUGCUCCCUUGGUCGUUGUGCCAUUCCAGCAGCUGUCUCCGGCGGCGACGGCCUUCACUCCCCAUCAUGGUGCAAGCACAGGCAGCUCAGUAGCCCAAAACACACUGGCUCCUUCACCCCAUCAGCCCGACGGGGGGAAGGAGGAAGCUAUCGACGCCGUCGAGGCUGUGUGGCUGAAGAACUGUCAGGGUCUGGAUGACAGACAACAGAGACAGUUAAAGCAGCUGCUGUUGGACUUUAAAGAUAGCUUCGCUUGGGGGGAAGAUGAGGUAGGACAAACGCACCUAGUUCAGCACGAAAUAGACACUGGGGACGCCCGACCCAUUAAAAUUCGGCCCCGUCGUAUUCCCCUUGCCAGGAGGGAAGCAGCAGACACAGCUAUUGUUGACAUGUUGCGGGCUGGUUUCAUUGAGCCAUCAGAUAGCCCAUGGUCCGCGCCGGUCGUCAUGGUGCCUAAGAAAGGGGGUAAACUUAGGUUUUGUGUUGACUACAGGGGCCUAAAUUCUGUCACCACUAAAGACUCUUAUCCCCUACCGAGGAUUGAUGAGUCGCUAGACCACGUGAGAGGGUCCUCGUGGUUCUCCUCCCUUGAUCUGCGCAGUGGCUACUGGCAGGUGCCCCUCUCGCCAGGGGCACGUGAAAAAACGGCCUUCUCCACAGAUAGGGGCCAUUGGCAGUUCAAGGUGCUGUGCUUCGGGCUCUGUAAUGCUCCUGCCACCUUUGAGAGGCUCAUGGACAGAGUGCUGGCGGGGGUUCUGAGAGACGAGUGUGUUGUGUACCUAGACGACAUAUUGGUGCACGGCACAUCGUUUGAGGGGGCACUGGGGGCACUUAGGCGAGUGUUAGAGAGGAUCUCGGGGCGGGGCUAA